AUGUACUUGAAGUAUAUAAAAAGUACCACAAUGGAGAAGACUGAUAUAGGAUAUUUAAAAAUUGAAGAUACAAUUAAAAAGAAAUUAUUUUCUAAUAAUUUAAAAACAAUUGAAGAGCUAAGCACGAAUUAUCUGGAAAAUGUCAAUUUCAAGGAAGUAAACUUCAUACAAGCAGAAAUUUUCAAACAACAUAUGAAAGAACUAGGUUUAAAGGAGACUCAAGAAAAAGGUGAUAAUGAACAAAAUGUACAUUCAAUUAAAAGAUACUAUAAGGAUAUAUAUUCAAUAAGUGAUCAUGAAAAAUAUUGUACGAGAAAAAAAAAAAAUAUAUAUUGUUCUUAUAUGAAUAAAUCUGAACGUUUUAAUGGGAACGAUAAAGACCUUUCUUCCGCAUCGUCAUAUAAUUCAUCUUAUAAUUUGUCAUCCAACAUUUCAUGUGACAUAUCAAAUGAUAGAUCAUCUGACUUAUCAUCCGACUUAUCAGAUGAUAAGUCAACAAAUUCGUCAAGCAUUUCAUCCAACUCAUCAUUAAAUUCCUCCUUCUAUCACACACAACCUAGGAUGUCUAGUUCUUACGAAGGACUAAUACAUGAACAUAAUACAAAUAUGUACACAUCCAUCAGGUGCAAUAAUAUUAAUGAUUAUGUGAAUAAUAAAAAUGAUAAAGACAAGAAGACUAAAAAAACUCUUCCAUAUAAAAAACAAAACUCAUUAGAAGAAAAUUUUUUAAUAUAUUCAGACUUUAUGAAAAAGAAUAUAAAAAAUAAGAAAUAUUAUAAAACAACAAUUAAUUCUUUAAACAAUUUAUUGUGUGAUGGUAUAGAGACAACACAGUUAUAUUAUUUUUACGGUGAAAAGACAAAAAUAAAUAAAAUUAUUCUAAUCAAUUUAUUAUAUGAUAUUAUUGUUAACAAUAGUUAUGAUAAUAGACGUUUAUCAAUCAAUAAUGAGUCCAUAAUAUUUAUAUAUUUUAGUCAUAUUAAUGAUAUAUCUAAAAUACUUCAUAUUGUAACAAAUAAAUUAAAAAGAGAUGAACAAUGUGAAUAUAAUAUAACAGAGGAUGAUAUCCUACAACGUUUUUAUAUGUUACGAAUUAAAAAUAUUUCAGAAAUUAUAUCUUUUUUAUCUUAUAUUAAAGAGCAUUCAUUAAAAAAUAAAUGGAAUGUAUAUUGUGAUAAUAAAAAUUAUAAUAAUAAAGAGGAAAACUACAUAAAAAGUGAUCAUUACAAUAAUAAUGUAUAUGUAAAGAUGGAACAUGGAAAUAAAUAUAAUACUCAUCAAUAUAAUAAUUAUAUACAUAAUAAAAAUGAUAGACUAAAAAACAUUUCUUGUAUAACUAUAUAUAAUUUUACUAAUUUAUUAAAAAAUAUAAAUAUCAAUAAUCCCUUUGAUUAUUUUUAUCUCAUAAGAGAAUUAAAAAUUGUAGCAAGUAUGUUAAAUAUAGCUAUCCUCAUUUUUGAUGUUGCAAAACAUGAAGGGGUGGAUAGUAACCACAAUAAUAAAAAUAAUAAAAAAGAAUUAAAAAUGAAAAAUAUAACAACUCAAAAUGAUAAAGAAUAUAACAACACCGGCACGACGGCAACGACCAGGAUGAUCAUCAUAAAUAAUAAUAAAAACAACAACAAUAAUAAUAAUAAUAAUAAUAAUAAUAAAUGUGAAAGUGCCGUAAAUAGUCACAAUAACCUUUACCAUAAUUUUAUUAAUCAAUCUCAUCAAGACAUAAACCAGGAACCUUAUACUCAUAUUAUAGAUAAUAAAGAUAUUAUAUCAACACAAAAAAAAAAAAUAUAUAUGACCAACAUGAAACAAAAUAAUAUUAAUAUGGAAAAUUAUUCUAGUGAUACUACAAGUAAUGAUACCAUUAUCUAUGAAGAAAAUUCAAAAAAUAGUAGCCUCUCAGAUUUAACAGAUUUAAAUAUUAAUAAUAAUGUUUCAAAUAAUCAACAUAUAAAUCAUUUUUCUUAUACUAUGAAUAAUCCUAAUAACCAUAGUAUAAAAACAAUUAAUCAAAACAAUGAUAAUAUCACUUUCUUAUAUAAUUCAAAUAUCUCUUUUCGUAUUAACAAAAUACCUUUACCAUUCCAAAUUUAUAACAACUUUAAUAUUGUUGUACAAAUUGACCUUAUACAAAAAAUCAAAAAGAAAAAAUUCAUUAGAUUUACUCUUAUCAAAUCACAAAAAAAUAUUAAAUAUCUCUAUUCUUAUUCUUAUAUUAAAAAAAAUAUAUUAAUUGAUAUGUAG